GCUUAAGGUCUCCUAAUAUUGUUAUCUUAAUAUUUGACUCCAGAUGUUGGAUGCUUUCAACGAUGAAAGCAUUCGGCAAGAAGAGCAUGAAAGUGCUCUGUGAGAUCCAUGCAUUGUCCUUCUCUCAUUCUAGUUCUUCCGCCAAGGUCACACCGUACAUCCAUCGGCUGCCAGUGGAAAUCCUAGAACAAGUCUUCUUGCUCAUCGUUCAGAGCGCGCCAGGCUGUUCCAAUAUCUUCUUAUGUGGACGUGACACCAUUUCUGUCGACGUUGCCAGCCCUCCCCUAGUCUUGACCAGGGUGUGCCGUCGUUGGCGAGUCGUUGCACAUUCAACGCCAGGAGUCUGGUCGCGCAUCCAGGUCAUCCUCCCCGGGCAAGUUAAAUCGUUCAAACCAUCUAUUCCACAUCUCCUUCAGUGUUGGCUCGCUCGCUCUGGUAGUCUUCCCCUCGCCCUUCAUAUUGUUACCAAACCCCGCUCUCGCCGCAAACAUCCUUGCACACUAACAUCAGCGGCAAACUAUCGACUUCUCUAUAUCCUCCUUGCUGAGAGAAAGCGUUGGGAAACUGUGGUUAUGCCAGACGGGUACGACUGGAAUCUUGACUUCGACACGCCUCAGUUGAGAACCUUGGCGUGUCACUGGUCAAAUUUCAGCGAAUUCAAUGCACCAAAUCUUGUCCGGCUAUCCAUCAGCAGUCAUUGCUUCCCAGUCACCCCUACUUGCAAAGAUCUACGUCAUCUCUACCUCCAGACUGUUUCCGCGCGUACUAUAAGCUCCACUAUAGCCAUUUUCCCUCAUUUGGAGACCAUCGUGGUCGAUAUCAUAUCCUAUGGUGAUGAUCCUGCGUCUAGAAGUGUUUCGGCGACGCUGGAAUCGAUGACCCUCCCCCUACCCCCCUUCAUGUCGGAUACUGACUUCCGGAAUGAGUUUAUCGACAUGUUCAGUCAACUUCAUCUUCCCGUCUUGCGGAAAUUGACUCUGGCUGGAUUACCACAAAAAGGACAAGUCAAAUGCCUUUUGGCGGCGCUGGGAGUUGCGCCGUUUCAGGUGCCAGUGGUAGACUUUCAGACGGACGCACCGCUGAGCAAAGCUCAAAUGAACAAUAUUGCGCCUUUGUUCUCAAUUGUGGGAGAGGUCACGUUGUAUGGGGAAUUGGCUCAGAUCAACGAGUAUCGGCAUUCACGAAUGGAGAAACUGAAGCUGUGUUUCUCGAGAUAGUAUCAUGCUUUUCCUGACAAUUGUUGUGCACCUGUGAUCCAAGCUCGUCUUGCGUACAGUCGGGGGAGCUCACCGAAAUGCAGAGGUGGACAGUGACACGCUUGUAUGAGUACCGACCGAAGCUCCUGU